CGAGUCUUCUCCGCGAGGAUGGAGCAGCUCGCCCAGUUCGUCUCCAAGAGCUUCGACAACGCGGCUGGCGAACACGCGGCAUGCAAGACGGCCACCGAACCACAUCCGUCCGCAAGGAUCACCCUCAGUGUCGCGCAUUUACUCGGCGAUUCUGCGGAGAACGAUUCUGCCAAUAUCGGUAGAGGAAGUCGGGAAUCCGGUCAGGACGCUUCGAGCGUGGAGGCGAGCAGCGCGGACGAGCCGCCGUCGCCGGAAGGCCGCCUCCAACCGGAAGAUCUGUCCGUCACGACCAAGAGCAAGGAGGUGAAGGACGUGGUUAACACCGGGGACAGUCUGCCGCCACUAAAGACACCGGAGCUGAAGCUCUCCGUGAGAAAGUUGCUGGGAUGCAGCCCGUCACCGCCACCGAUUACCAGAGACCGAUCGGUCAGCCCGGAGAAUUGCCUCGAACUGAAGAGCCAACAACCUACCAACGAAGGGAAAGCGUCUAAGACUUUGAUACAGGCGCAGGAGGAAGCUGCCAAAGGGUCGAACUGUCGCAGCAGCGGGAACGGGAACGGGAAGCAGAGAAGAUCCAGGACGAACUUCACGCUGGAACAGUUGGCCGAGUUGGAGAGGCUGUUCGACGAGACGCAUUACCCCGACGCGUUCAUGAGGGAAGAGCUCAGCCAGCGACUCGGUUUGAGCGAGGCGAGAGUUCAAGUCUGGUUUCAGAAUCGGCGUGCAAAGUGUCGCAAACACGAGAGUCAAUUGCACAAAGGUGUGGCAGGUGGGAUGGUGCUGGCUCCUCGAAGUCCGCCAGCGAGCUUGGAACCGUGCCGAGUGGCGCCGUACCUGCCGGCGUUGAGGUUGCAUCCGCCGAUGCAGGCGGCCGCUGCGGCCGCAGCCGCCGCCGCCGCCGCCGCCGGCAACAUGAGCACCGCGUCCGCCUUCGACCCGGCGGUCCUCCAUUACGCGGCAGCCGGCGGCCUUUUCUGUCUUCCGCCGCCGCCGCCGCCGCCACCGCCGCCGCCGAGCUCCGCUCAUCCGCAUCCUCAUCCCCUGAGCCUGGCGGCUUCGUUGGCCGCCGCCGCGGCACGCUCCAAGAACAGCAGCAUCGCCGACCUUAGGUUAAAGGCCAGGCGACACCAGGAGGCACUCGGACUCGACAGGCCCGCGUAA